AGCCCACCAAGCCCAGAGGUUGGUGCCGUCGAUAAUUACACCUGAGCCAGCGCCUUGCGGGCAAAGUCGUUAACCUUCCACAAUCUGCCGGCACAGCUUAUAGUCAAGCAGGGCUUCGACGCAAGGCUCCCUCAGCAACUACCCGCCCAACAUGGCGGCCCAACAGGUCUCAGUCAAAAAGCAGCAAGAAUUGCAGACGCAAUACACCAACUACAAGGACACCCUCCAACAGGUGGCUAGGAAAAUCGGUGACGUUGAGCAGGAGGCAGAGGAACACAAACUUGUUCUGGAGACGUUGGAGCCCCUUCCAGGAGACCGGAAGUGCUUCCGCCUCAUCAAUGGCGUGCUUGUUGAGAGGACCGUCAAGGAUGUCGUGCCCGCUCUCAAGACAAAUGCCGAGGGCCUGCGCAAGGUCCUGGAGGAUCUGGUAAAGCAGUACAAGACAAAGGAGGAUGAUUUUGAGAAGUGGAAGAAGCGAAAUAAUGUUCAGGUUGUGCAGUCUUAGGCUGGAACGGCCGGCAGACAUGCAGUGAUGGGAAGCAGAGGACAAUACGAGACACAAAGCCUGCGCAUAGGAAAGGGGUAUCGGCGUGUUUGUCCUGACGCCCUAAAGCACACUCCCAUGAUGGGUUAGAUCUGGGGAUGAGCCUCGAAUGCCAGCUCACAGGUUAUGGCAAAGGGAUGAGCCAGGCGGCGGUACCGAGACUGCAGAAAACGGCCACAUAGUGCCCCUUUAAGCUGACGAAUGGCAGGUUUCAGCAUGCUGCACCUGUUUGCGAUGCUAGCUAAAGUGAGCCAACAUGGUGGUGGGUGUGAGCUGUACAAAAAAAAAAAACUCACUGGUGUGGUGGAGUGACGCAGCGUCCCUCGGCGGCAAGGGCGUCUCGAUGCCCAACCGGCAGUUUGGCUCCAUAGCCGUCUUUGGAGGCCGUUGGGCUCUGAUAGGACAGCAAGAACCAAAGUGGUCUCUCUACAUCCCUUUUUGUAUUCGGGGAUUUUUAUUACUGGAUCUGGUAGUAACUGCAGACAUAAGUCAUGGACAAGGGAAAUGGAAGAGUGAAAAAAAAAACAUGUCAAUACUCAGGGUCGGGAAGAGUUGGGGGUGUGGGGAAGCGGUAGAAGUGAAG